AUGGAUUUAAACGAGAGGGACAAUGAAAAACCAUCCUCUUGCAACCAGCCGCCCUCACUUUCUCCGUACUCUGAUUCCCCACAGGGGAAACAAGAGUUCAUAAAAGGUGUACAGGCUGACAAAAAGGACACAUCAUUUAGCAACACACUGAACGUGCUACCUCCGGAGAAGAGUGACACAACCCCAUCUCCUUCGUAUCCAAAAUCUACUGGAAUAUUUUCUCCGGCCAACGUACAAGCAGCAAACUCUGCAACUUCUAAAACCGACGUGGCGAAAAAUAGCGCUAGCGACGCUAAAAACCUUACCUCUGGUGACACUACAGCCAAGAUAGAAGCCACACAACACACAACACCUAGCGUACAAAUCCCACAACUGCUCCCUGUCCCUCCUACAUCUAAAUUAACAACAAUCCCAGUUUCCAAAGAUGAUUCGUCUAAACAACGGAUGCCAACAGAAUUAAGACCUAAAAAUAUCACAGACACCGAAGGCAGCAGCAUGUCAAUAUCGGACUGCGUUCCUCCUUCACCAUCAGCCACGACCGGAAAGCCUCGGAGUGUAGCAGAGGCAACAAAAGAUGCUAUCGAAUCAACUAAAACACCGUCACGUCCAUAUCCUAAGAGUCCAAAUGAAAUCAUCAGCGCUACGGAAAAUGCCCUUAAGAAUCAAAAAUGA